AUGAUUGAAAACAUCAGAUCAAAGUCUCAAUUCACCUCCGCGCUUCAAAAUAAAGAAGACAUGAUUGUCCUCGACUUUUUCGACGACUGCAACCAUUGCUCCGCUAUGAAUGAUAAGCUCGAUGAAUACUCGGACUGGUACUCGAACCAAAAGAAGAACGUCAAGUUCUACAAGAUCAACGUUGACAAGGACACUGAGUUGGCUAACGACUACUCCGUCAACAAGACGCCUACCACCUUGUUUUUCAAGAAGGGCAAGUUGAUUGACAAGGUUAUUGGUCCCGAACCUAAUGAAAUCAAGAGCAUCAUUGACUCCGAAUUGAUGUGA